AUGGAGGAGAGGGGGCCAGCAACAGACUCAGUGACACCGGACCCUGGGACCUCCCCAAAUGCCAGCCCAUCCUCCCAGGACCAGGGAGGAGGGUACGAGCAUCGUCGAGGGGACUUCCCUAGCCCGAGCGCCGCCGCUGCGGACUGGGGUGAGGAUGGGGGGGAGACUGAGGACGGCGCGGUUUACAGUGUCUCCCUACGGCGGCAGCACAGUCAGCGCCUGAGCCCGAGGGAAGGUCCUGGGGAGAGCCAGGUCCCCCGCCCCAAUGCCAGCACCUUCCUCCAUUACCGCACAAGCAAGGUGCGAGUGCUGAGAGCUGCGCAUCUGGAGCGGCUGGUGUGGGAGUUGGUGUCUGUAGAUCAUGAGCAGGACCCAAGCUUCGUGCCUGCCUUCCUGGCCACCCACCAGGCCUUUGUGCCCACUGCUCGCGUUCUGGGCCUUCUCCUGCCACCACCACCACCACCCCUGCCGCCCUGGGUAGAGAUGAAGAAGACAGAGGGUCAAGAUCUGAGCUUCAACAAGAACCUGAGGGCUGUGGUAUCAGUGCUGGGCUCCUGGCUACGGGACCACCCUCAGGACUUCUGGGACCCCCCUGCCCACUCGGACCUGGGCAGUGUCUGUACCUUUCUGGGUUGGGCUGCCCCGUUUGGAGCCGAGGCCCUGGAAGCAGAGAAGCUUUUGGGAGAUUUCCUAGAGGAGGCUGAGCAAGAGCAGGAAGAAGAGGAGCAGCCCCAGGCUUCUGCAGGACCUCCUGGAACUGCUGGGACCCUCGAUCCAGACUCCCCUGAAGGCUGCUUAGAAGAGGAGGAAGGGCUGGUACAAGAAGGCCCUGAGCUCCUGGACUUCAGUGUAGACAAAGUGGCUGAGCAGUUGACUCUGAUGGACGUGGAGCUCUUCUCCCGGGUGCGGCCCUGGGAGUGCUUGGGCUCCGUGUGGUCCCAGCGGGACCGACCAGGGGCCGCGGGCACUGCCCCUACUGUGCGCGCCACUGUGACCCAGUUCAACGUGGUGACCGGCUGCGUGCUGGGCUCCGUGCUCGGGGUGCCAGGCCUCGCCACCCCUCAGAGGGCUCAGCGGCUGGAGAAGUGGAUCCGCAUUGCCCAGCGCUGCAGGGAACUGCGGAACUUCUCCUCCCUGCGCGCCAUCCUGUCCGCCCUGCAGUCUAACCCCAUAUAUCGGCUCAAGAGCUGCUGGGGCGCGGUGGGCAGGGAACCGUUAUCCACUUUCAGGAAACUUUCGCAGAUUUUCUCGGAUGAGAACAACCAUCUCAGCAGCAGAGAGAUUCUUUCCCAGGAGGAGACCACUGAGGGACCCCAAGAGGAGGAUACUCCCCCAGGAAGCCUGCCUUCAAAACUGCCCCCAGGCCCAGUCCCCUACCUUGGCACCUUCCUCACGGACCUGGUUAUGCUCGACACAGCCCUGCCGGACAUACUAGAGGGGGAUCUCAUCAACUUUGAGAGAGGAGGAAGGUGAUGGGAGAUCCUGGCCCGAAUCCAGCAGCUACAGAAGCGUUGUCGGAGCUACUGCCUGAGCCCAUGCCCACCUGUCCUAGCUGCUCUGCGUGCCCAGCGCCAGCUCAGUGAGGAACAGAGCUACCGUGUCUCCCGUGUCAUUGAGCCACCAUCCGCCUCCUGUCCCAGCUCCCCACGUGUACGGCGACGAAUCAGCCUCACCAAGCGUCUCAGUGAAGUUGUCCCGAGAGAGAGAGGCUCAUCCCCUGGUGGGAGUCCUGGGGACCCCUCAUCCCCCACCUCCAGUCUAUCUCCAGGGUCUCCUCCAUCCAGUCCUAGAAUGAGGGACCCACCUCCUGGAAGUCCCCCAGCCUCUCCAGGGCCCCAGGGCCCCAGUACCAAGCUGCCCCUGGCCUUAACCCUGAGCUGUCCUCGAAUCCCUGUUGUGGGGCAGCAGGGCUCAGAGGCCCGAGUCAUCCGAGUCAGCAUCGACAAUGACCAUGGGAACCUGUAUCGAAGCAUCCUGCUCACUAGUCAGGACAAGGCCCCCAGUGUGGUGCAGAGAGCCUUGCAGAAGCACAAUGUGGCCGAGUCCUGGGCCCGUGACUACCAGCUCUUCCAAGUCCUUCCUGGGGACAGGGAGCUCCUGAUUCCUGACAAUGCCAACGUCUUCUAUGCCUGAGUCCAGCCGACACUGAGACUUCAUGCUGCGGCGGAGGGAGGAGGCCAGGCACAACCCCGGUCUGCCCGACCUGAGUUGGCCCUCUGCUGCCUCCAGGACACAGGUCCCCAUGUGGGGAUCAUGGGGUCACCCUGGGGGCAGCGAGGGCACUCCCAUUCCCCAGUAGAGCCCACUGUGCUCCAUACCUUUGUCACCCUCUCCCCCAAGUUUAUUGGUCCCCAUCCAUCUGACCCUCUUGGCACUGGAUCCCUAAUCCAAAGCCAUCAGCUCACAGCAUGGCUGGUGGAGAACUGCAUGCUGGGGAUCAGACCCUUCCCCAGAGAAAUCUUGGUAACUGUUGGAACUGACAGAAGUAGAAGAAAACAGUGACCAAAAUUAUGAAACAGGAGUCAGUCUUUUUUGUUUGGUGCCUGUGCUUCAUGUUCACUCUUCAUUGAGAUAAAAAUGUAAAAGAAAAAACUAAGAGUCCUAAAAACGGGGUUGGGUGAGGCAUGACCAGACACUGGGAGAUGGUGGCUGUCAUGCACACAGGUUUCAGAACUCCCUCCCCAACACUUUUGGGGUGGUAUGCUUCUUUUCUGCUGGUGUAUGGGAGAUGAAGAAGUGAAAUUCCAUUGGAAUCAGAGAUAAAUACCAUUAUCACCCAUGAGUCAAUAAGGGCUGUGGCAGGAAAGGAGAAGCUGAGCUGUCUGUCGGUACUGGGGUAGGAAAAGACACAGGUAGAAAAGGCAGAGGUGGAGUGAGCUGUAGAGCUACUGACAAGAGUCAUAAUAAUGAUAAUAAUAAUAAUAUGCCCAUUUAUGAACUCUACUCUGUGCUGGACAAUAACCAGAGCUUUAUAUUUCACUGUAUUAGUCAGGAUUCUUUUAUGUUUCAAGCGGUCAAAAAUCAAACUCAAAUA